GGCCCAGAUACAUUUUCCAUUCCCAAAAACUAAAGCUCAGCAUCUGUUGCAUGAUGGUAUCAUUUCCUUUUAACCACUGCACUGAACUGUGGCUGUAAACCUGUGUUUCCUUCCUGCAGAAGAUGCUCCUUUGAAUGGAAGUAAAAACCUGCCUAGAGGACAGAGUUCCAUGCAGUGAUUAUGUGGAGCUCAGAUCUGCUGCUGCUCGAGUACUUGUGCUUUGUUUGCACUGAGCUGUUGGAGGGAAUGAGUUUGGCAAACAAUUUAGCCAUCUUUUUUAAUUUGUACAGAACUUGUCUUCUCUCAGCCUGGCUCCCUGAAUCCGGGUUGUCCCAGGGUGCUGAGUGCCUGAGCACAUCGGUGGGAGCAGGAUUGCCCUUUCAGCUCCAGGCUAUCUGAUAGCUGAGCUGUAACAUGAAACCCUGAGAUAGAGAAACUAAAACCAAGGUCAGCCUUCAUUAGUGAGAACUCCAUCAAAGCACAGUUCCUGUUACAAGAAAUGUGCUGCUGGAUUCUGCUUUUUUCCCAAGUCCUAUUCCAAUGGAGAAUGACAGCAGGUUUCCCCUGCUGCUCCCAGUAGGUGAAGAAGCAUUUCAUUAAAUCCAAGUCCCAGUUUCUCUCUGGAUGUUGGUGACCCUGAGUGCAUGAGAACUGCUGAUCUCAGUGUGCAGAGAGCAGGGCUGUGUUAUCCCUGCAGUGUCCCUUUCCCUGCCUUCCCUGCUAAUGCCCUGUGUGCCCCUGCAGUUCCUGAGGGUGACCAAGCAGUACCUGCCCCACGUGGCCCGGCUGUGCCUGAUCAGCACCUUCCUGGAGGAUGGCAUCCGCAUGUGGUUCCAGUGGAGUGAGCAGAGGGACUACAUCGAUGGCACGUGGAACUGUGGCUACUUCCUGGCCUCCAUCUUUGUGAUCAUAAACCUCUUUGGGCAGCUGAGUGGCUGUAUCCUGGUGCUGAGUAGGAACUUUGUGCAAUAUGCCUGCUUUGGACUGUUUGGAAUUAUAGCAUUACAGACUAUUGCAUACAGCAUUCUAUGGGACCUGAAGUUCUUGAUGAGGAAUCUUGCCCUUGGGGGAGGCUUGCUGCUGCUUCUGGCUGAGUCCCGCUCGGAGGGGAAGAGCAUGUUUGCUGGUGUCCCCACCAUGAGGGAGAGCUCCCCAAAGCAGUACAUGCAGCUGGGGGGACGAGUGCUGCUCGUCCUCAUGUUCAUGACACUGCUACACUUUGACAUGAACUUCUUUUCUAUUCUGCAGAACAUUGUGGGCACAGCCCUGAUUAUCUUGGUGGCAAUUGGCUUCAAGACUAAGCUGGCUGCCUUGACUCUGGUCAUCUGGCUCUUUGGCAUCAACAUCUACUUCAAUGCCUUCUGGACCGUCCCAGCCUACAAGCCCAUGCACGACUUCCUCAAAUACGAUUUCUUCCAGACCAUGUCUGUCAUUGGAGGGCUCCUCCUCGUGGUUGCACUGGGUCCUGGUGGAGUCUCCAUGGAUGAGAAGAAAAAAGAGUGGUAACAGGAAUAGCAACACUUCUUGGGACAUACUGUACUAAGUCCAGAACUGAUUCUCUAUGGAUUCAACAAAAACUGCCAGCAUUUUACACAUACAUGCCCCCUUCCUAUAAAAGGCACAGAUGUUUUGAAUUUCAUUUACUGUGGCACCAGUAAUACAAUAGAUAAAAUCCUAUUUCUUCAAGGAAUGUUGCCUAGGCUUAUUCUAACUUCCUAGAUUUGGGACUAACCCAAGGAACCUGCAUUUUGCUGAUGCUUCAGUGAAUUGCAGUAGAACAGUUGCUGUCUGGAAUGUCAGCAAUGUCUUAAAAUUUGCAGAAAGGUGAGCAGAUAGAGCUGGAUCAUUCAGUGGUGUUGGGUUGUAGCUAUAACUAAAAAAGUGGAUCCCCUUUCUUGCCCUUAUCAAAACUGUCUUGUGCAUAAGGAGUUCCAUGGCUGGUUAUAGCAUUGCUUAUCAAGGUGGAAAGCAGCAUCAAAGAAAACCUAGAAAAUCAGUUAUUUUGCUGCUCAGAGGCCUGUAAUUCCCUUUUGUUCAGCAGGGAAGGGUCUUUCCUGCUCCUGAAUAGAAGGCAAAAAGAAAACCUUGGAAGUAGUUGCACUGCUUUCUGGGUAAGAAAAAGGAGAGGAUUUUCUAACAUGUCCCAGUUCUGCUCUUGAGGGGAACAAGGGGAAAUCCUGUAUUGUUAAUCAUGAAUCCUGUAUUGCUAAUCAGAUUUAAAGGAAGUGGGGGAGAUAAUCCUGAAGAGACAGAACAUUAGAUUCUGUGAAAAUUCUGUGCCAAAAGAAUUCUCUAUUCUACAUUCUUUCCCCAAAAGUUGCUCCUCCUGAAUUCCCAAGAAGGGAGCCAAGUUGUGCUGCAGGUUCCAUAAUAAAAGCUCCUUUCUCCUAUUAACCAGCUUCCAUCCAUAUAUACCCCAAAUUCAUAUUUGAAUGGCAGGUUAAUGGUGAAAAUGUCUUGAGAAUUACAGAAACUCCCCUUUUCUGUGCACUCAGUACUUGCCAGAUGAGAGCAGUCAAUCUCCUAAUCUGUAGUCUUUGCUUCUUAGAUUCACUUCUGUCAGUCUCUUGGCUGUAAGAGUCCCAGCUGGCUGAAGAGCUGGGCUGCUGAGCUCUCCAGGACAGCCCCUCCUCUGCCACCUCAGAGCACCCUGAGCUGUGCAGGGUGGAAAUGUGGAAGUGGCCCCUGUUCCCAACUCUGCAAACGGUUCUAGCUGAGGAAUGUGAGUGCAAAGCCUGGGCAGUGGAGAAGCAGCCAGGGGUGAACCUUCCCCGGGAGGAACUCAGGAGGGUGAGGAAAGGAAGGCCCUGUUUGACUUCUCAGUGCCACAACCUCUGUGCCAUGACCAUGCUUAGUGCUGCUCAGGGAGGCCUUGUGUCCUCUCUUAGUCAACUAGGUGUGAACCUGUUUCACUAAAUUGUGGAGGAAUUCUAGACAGCAUGAGCCCUACCAACUUCCUACCAUUACAUUGAUUCCUUGCUCUCUUGCCUCCCCUGAGGAAGAUGCUCAGCUCUUUGCUGAAGGAGGAAUUCAGCUGAACAUCUCCAAUGGGAGCUGUUCCCCAGGAUCUCCUGAUAAGGGCACUCACCUGGACAGUUCAGUUAAACAGUUGCUUUUUAGGAGAGAAAACUGGCCUGAAAGAACUAAAAAAAAUAGAAGAGCACUGUUGAAAGUUAAACCAGUGAUUUCAUCAUCUUAAGGGGAUAAUAGCCUCUGUAAGGGCAAGAUGUGCUGCUGCUGGAGGAAGCCAUUUGCUAUCCCAGAAUAGUUAGGGUUGGAAGGGACCUCUGAAGAUCAUCUAGUCCAACCCAUAUGUCCAGAUUGAUGGAAGGGGAAUUCAGCAUUAAGGUCAGGUCACUUAUGGCUUUCUUUUCAAGGAAGUUUUGCAAGAGAAGUCUUCGCCUCAAAGUGUUCUGUGUUCCUGACUCUUCCUGGCUAAACAAACUGGUCCUUUCAGUCACAGAGCUGCAGCACAGGAGCCUUUCACUGUUUCACUGCAGCUCUUAAAACGGUUCUAGACUGAUCAAGGCAGCCACUCUCAGAUACCUGAACUGCUGUUGAUGUUCAUAGUAUUUAUAAAUGACAGAAACUACUCCUGCAAGUAGCCCCUUGUCUUUCUCAACUUCCUUGUGUCCUGUCUAACUAAGGAGCAGGAUGACAGACUAGUCUGAAAUAUUGACCAGUUUCCUCUGCGAAAAUCAAGUCUCCUUCCCAACAAAAGACCCUAGAAAAGGAACUGUUGCUGUUCCCUGCAGCAGGAAUACUUCAGUAUUCCAGGGGCAGUUAGGUGGAGGGCAUUAUCAGAUACUUCUAGGCAGCACAACGUGCAGACUUAUUAACUGUGAGUCCUGAUGCAGAAGAUUCUGGUUUCCUACAUACACUGCUGUACUUGUGCAUCUCCCAGAAAUUCAGUGACCUCUCCCCGUGGCUGAGAAGCUCUCACAAGCAGGCUGUCAGCUACCAAUUGGCUCUGCAAAGUGUUCUGGAAUUCAUUCUGAAUAUAUUUUUGCUUUCUAUGUGGAAAAAAAAAAAAGAAAUAAGUAUAAAUUCUCAUUUUAUGCUGUAUUUUGUACCUUAGUUGUGUUUGAAAAUGUUUUGAUUUUUGAAAACAAUCAAAAUAAAACAAUGGCAUCUUUGUAUCCA